GAGCUGGAAAGUGUGUUGAAUUUGAAUUUUGAAGUUUUGAAUAGACGGUAUCAUGUCGGAGUCUUUUCAGGAGUCUUCCGGUGGUCGCUCUUCGUUCGAUGAUGCGGAGCAGACUUUUGAUAAGAUGGUCGGAAAGCAGCAAAAGGCCGUCGGAAUGUACGUCGGAAUCGGAGUUGGCAUCUUUGUUCUUUUUGCUUCGAUGGCCAUCUUUCUAUUCUGGCGACAUAGCAGGAAGCGGAAACGAGAGAUAAAUCAACAGCCGCAGUUCACUUCAUACCAACCGAUCGGUCAACAGACAACUGCACCUGCACAACAGCAAUGGCAAAGGCAGGGAGUGGAAGUUGAUGGAUUGGCAUACAAGACGGAACUCGAGGCCCAACCCAAGCCCCAACAGUACCAAGAAAUGAACGCGUAUCCGCAUACGAAUCCGUUCCAAGGUGGCCACAUAGUGGAAGCGCAGUCAACACGCGAUCCACAGGAAAUGCCGCAGACGUUUGGGCAACAGGCUCCGCACGAGAUGCCAGGGAUACCCGGAGGUGAGACUGUUGGAAGGUGGUUGGCAUGACCAAUACGAAAUCAAGUCUGUUUAUCCAAGACGCAUCCCACGCCUAUAACCAGAAUACUAUGAAGUGGUUCCAAGGAAAUGUUGGAGAUGGGAUGUUCCAGGCGCGCAGCAUCUGCACAUGUUGACGCACGGGCCACCCAGCCAUCCUCCAACCACCAUGAUUUCGCAGCGCUCAAGACAUUGCGCAACUCCGCGCUACGCAUCUCAUAAACGGGGACCUACAUUGUAGAUUCCACACUUGGUCAUAUUCAGUGUUAAUCGUCAG